AUGCAACUCACCAUUUUAUACGCUCAUACGGGCGACGCUUAUUCCGUAGACCCCAACCUUUUUAAUACUGUCGACGAGCUCAAAACAUGGGUCGCGGAACAGUUCAAGGUUCCUAUUUCGAACCAGAUUUUGACGACUAUUAAGGGUGGUUUGGUUAAGCAGGCGAAUUUGGUUACUGAGAAAGAGCUAUUCCUAUACUCCCGCCAAUACAUCACCCCAUCAUCAUCCACACCGCCGCCUACAUUCCCAAUCCCGACAUUAAGUAAACCAUCACCACCCCCCGACCGUUUAGAAUCCCAAUCGGAUAUAUCAUCCUGGCGCACUCUCUUCGCGAAUAGGUUAUCGUGGUCCAACUCUAUCCUCUCGCAUGCCAAUACCCUUGCCGCAUCUAUCGAAUCUACGACUUCUUCUAUAGCAGUGAUCGAUCGGUCGUUAUCGGCUGCGACGACGAAUCUUGAUAGUCAUGUUAAGAAUUCGGGGCAAAAGUACGAUGAGUUGAAAACUUGGGCGUUUGAGGUGUUGGAGUCUCAGGAGAAGUUGUUGAGAAACUGGGAAGGUGGGGUUGAGAAGUUGGGGAGGAUACCGAUACAUAAGGAGGUUGGGAAGAUUGUUGCUGCUGAGAAUGUUAAGAGUGGGAGGUCGCCUGCCGGUGGUGGUGGUGCUGCUGCUGCUGCUGUUGCUGGUGGGAAGGCGACGGGGACGUUGAUUGAUAUUGUUUCCUUAUCGGAUGUUAGGAAUGCGGCGAAGGAGUUGGAGGUUACUGCUCGAGAGUUUGGGAUGAAAGUUCAGGGAUUGGGGAAUACGUUGGAGAGUAUUAAACAACAGUCGUCAUCUCUGACAACGGACAUUCAUCGCGGAUGGAAGAAGAACGAAGACUCAAAUUCUGCAGAGGCGGAAGGGUUACUCGCCGAUAUCCGGGUGUUGGUUCAAAAGAUCCAGCAGGAUACAGAACACAUCGGAACAUAUGCGAACAACUCGAAGAGUAUUUCGUCGAUUUCCAAGAUAGCGCAUACGCAUACGAAGGAUUAUUUACCGGCUUUGAUACAAUAUACUUCCGAAUUGGGAGGGAUAGUACAGGCUUGCAUUCAACGUAAGAAUGUGGCGGCUGGUUUUACGGUACAGAGUUUGCAAGCGAUUUCGAGGAUCGAGCAGAGGCUUUAUACGGAGUUGACCAGUGUGGUUAAGAAGUGUGAGGGGGAGUAUGAGGAGAGGAGUGAAAGGGGGUAUGGAGUGCUGGUGUUGGUUGCGCGGUUACCCGGCAUUUAUUCAAGUUUUUUGGUGGAGUGUGUUAGGAGGAGGGAGUGGGGGGAGAAGAUGGGACAGGACGGGGCGAAGCUGGCGGAGGAGCUGGCGGGGUUAAAGGAGGAAGAGGAGAAAAGAAGGAGGAAAUGGUGGAGGAGUGCUACUUCUGGUGGGGAGGUUGUGGUUUCGUUUCUACCGCAGCAGGAGGAAACAGGUGGUGGGGGGAUUAAUGUCGAAGUCAACUUUUCGGCGGAAACGGCCGGUUGGCCUGUUGUGGGGAGAGCGGAUUUGGAUGUUCUGCUUAAUGCGCUUAAGGGGGUUGAAGGAGUUGAAGGGUUGGUGAGGGAGCUUGCGCAGGGGAUUAUUGAUCUUGAUAAACCGACUAGGAGGCAGAGGAAGGCUACUACUCCGGCGCUUGCGACGAGGGCGUUUAAGAUGGGGAGUAUCCAUGAGGCUGCUAUGGCUAGUUCGUCGUUUUUGAGCACCGGGGUCGGUGGAGACGAUGGGACUAUCAAGAGGCUUAGGGAGGAUAGAGCGCGGUUGGAGGAGAGAGCUAGAAUGUAUGAAAGUCGGGUUAGGAAGUUGGAGGAUCUGUUACAUCGACAACGACCGGGCAAUGCGGCUGGGGUGCAGUUUGGGACUUCGAAUCUUGGAAAUGGGAGUGCUGCUGCCGCCGGUGGUGCUAUAGGUGUUGGGAGUCCACUUGCUGCUGAGCCGAUGUCGAGGAAUAGUUCGCAAGGGACGAUUAUUACGCCUAUGAAUGGGGUCGGAGUUGGGGUUACUAAUCCCAAUCGACGGAUAUCUAUCACUGAGGAUCCGUCGAAGGCUCUUACGAUGAGGAUUGUUACGCUGGAAAACGAUCUGGAGAAGGAAAAGGAGGCACGGCAGAAACUUGAAGCUGAAGCUUUGAAGAAAUUUGAAGAUGAGAAGAAAGGGUGGAAUGAACGAAUGAUGGAGGUUGAUUCUACGAAAAAGGAUUUGUUGGCGAAUAUUCAGGCUCAGCAGCAGGAGUUUAAUACCGAGAGAAAGGAAUUGCAGGAUAAGAUCAUGGAGGUUGAGGAACAGUUGGAAGGGUGGAAGGCGAGGGUUGAAGAGGUUUACGCGGAGAUGGAUAGGAUGGAGGAGAGUAAAGCGCUUGAAGCUGCUAGGAAUAGUGGACUGGGGAAGGAGGUUGAGGAAAUGCAGAGGGAGAUUGAAGAUUAUAGGUUGAUGUUGGAGGAACAUGAAGGGAAGAUGGAGGUUAUGAUUAGGGAUACUGAGAAGAUGAGGGUGGAAGCUGAGAAGGCUGCUGAAGAAGCUAAGAAGGAGUUGGGAGUUGUGAAGUUGGAGGAUGAGAAGAAAAAAGUUAUGAUUGAAGGAUGGGAGAAGAGGGCUUUGGAAGAAGGGGAGAAGCAUAGUCUUGCUGUUGUUGAUUUGGAAAGGAAGAUUCAUGCGCUCGAGGCGGCGGCCAAAGUCAAAGAUGCGGAGAACAAACGGCUCACGACGAAAGUUGAAAAGGCGACGAAGGAACUGGAUAUUUUUAGGAGCAAAGUUACCGGUGUCCUGGUACAGCCUAUUCACGAAUCUCAUCACGAACUUACGCGAACACAGAUACUUGACGUCGAGGAACUUACGGCACGAUUGGAGAACUUUGUGGGAGAAUUACGACAAGAGAUCGCACAAGGGGAAACUCAGAUUAAAACCUUGAAGGAUGGAAACCGUGCUUUACAGAGCAGAUUCGAAUCGAGGACCGUUAAGACGAAAGAUCUGACCCAGAAGUUGUAUACGCACAAUGCAAGAUCUGGGCAGUUACUCGAGUCCCUGGGAUUUAAAGUCAUCGUCGACGAAGACGGAGCCACACAGAUCGUACGAAUUUCCCGAGGAAACGCAGAUGGAGAUCAAAUGGCCAAGAGCAUCAGCAUGUCAACAAGUCUACCGCCCCUACCGCGAGAUUUUGCAACCAAGGGAGAUGUUGAGCUUCUUUAUUGGAUGGACAACCAAGAUUCGGAAGCCGAGAGCGAAAAGUAUGCGACGUUCUUAAGUUCGAUUGGAACUUUUGAUCUGGAUGCCUUUGGCGAUGCGGUUACCAAACGGGUGAAAGAGGCGGAACAUAUGGCCCGAAAAUGGCAGAAGCAGUGUCGUGACUAUCGGGAUAAAUACCAUAGAGCGGCAGCGGAUGCCAGCGAGAAGAUUGCAUAUAAGAGUUUCAAGGAAGGGGAUUUGGCAUUGUUUUUACCGACUAGGAAUCAGGUUACACGACCUUGGGCGGCUUUUAAUGUUGGUGCUCCGCAUUAUUUCUUGAGGGAAGUGGAGGGACAUAGAUUGAAGGCGAGGGAUUGGUUGUUGGCUAGAAUUUCGAGAGUUGAGCAGAGGGUUGUGGAUUUGAAGAGUGGUGGUGGAGGAGCUGGAAGUACGGUUGCUACAUUGGGAGAUAAGGGGUCUAGUGUUAGUAGUGACACUGGAGUUGAGACUGUGGAUGAAGAUAAUCCGUUUCAACUCAGUGAUGGGCUUAGGUGGUAUUUAUUGGAUGCAGUCGAGGAAGGGAAGUUGGGAGCGCCGAGUACACCGGGAUUGGGGAGUAGUACUGUUGCUGCGGCGAAUGUGGAUGCUAAAGGGAGUACGUCUAUUCGAUUGACGACGGCGAAGAAGACAUUGGUGGGGAAGGAUAGUAGUACUGCGUUAGGGGUUAGGAAGACUUUGACGAAGAGUUUGGCGCAGAGUGGAGGGCCUGUUUUGGGUGGUGGGGAGACUAGUAGUAUCAGGAGCAGGGAGAGUAGGGAGAGUGGGAGGAAAGGGAGUGAGGGGAGUAGUCAUGUUAGGCCGAUUAUUAGUGCUGGUAGUGGAGGGGUUGGGGGGAGUGCGGUUGAGGAUGAGGGGAGACCGGGGACGGGGUCUUGA